AUGUUACGUGCCUUACUCUGUGACAAUACCGGCGAGGUGCGCAACGCGGAACAUUCGAGUGAACGCUGGCUUAUAAAUACGACCGCCGGCGCGAUUGCGUGGGCCAUUAAGACAAAAACCAAUAGACGGGCCGGUUUGCAAGAUGCUGAGGGUGUUGCUAUGCGUGUGCGUCGUCCCAGCGGUGGCGACGCGAAAAAUCUGCACGAAGUGAGGCAGGGUGGCAUUGUGAGAGGCUCCUACUCCUUAAUCGACCCGGAUGGAACCAGGCGAACGGUUAAGUACACCGCCGGACCGAGAAUAGGGUUCAAAGCGGUCGUCCAUAAUGAACCGGCGAACGUGCAAGUCCCCAGCGACGGCUACAGACCACCACCAGCUUUCAUUGGCCGCCUAUCUCCCAUUCACUUCCAUAAGCUGUACCCAAGCGCCACCUAUCUGCCGACUACAAAAACCAACCCAGUAUUCUUCACACCAGGCAAUAAUGUAAGACCGAACAAACCAGCAUUAAAAGAUGGCGAGUAUUUUGUAGCCAACAAAGGGUAUCAUACAAAUAGAAUU